AUGUCUGAUCCAGCUUGUAUCUUCAGCAAUGGAUUUCUCGAUGACUAUGACUAUAGCUUUAGCUAUUCCACUUCUCUCUCACACAUCUAUAACUCUAAUGGCAGCUUAUAUUACCCUAGCAAUACCACAAACACAAACCCUAAUUCCACAUCACCUGAAUCUCCUCCACUUAGAGAAGCUCUUCCUCUCCUUAGCUUAAGCCCCAUUCAUAAGCAUCAAGAAACUAGUGCUCCUCAUCAUGAAUAUUAUUUCAUGGAGACGACCGAACAAUCUUCUAAUUCAAACUUUCUUGAUCAUGAUCUUGGUCAAUGCCAAGAAACUCAACAUCAUGAUGUGACAGUGGAUCUUCAUCUAGGGUUACCAAACCUCGGUGGGGACGCUAUUGCCUACGGUGGUGGUGGUGGGAGCAGCAGCAGCGACGUCAUCCUUGAUUCUACAGACCAAGAGCAUCACCAUGAGAUUCAUCAAGAUCGUCAUCAAUAUCAAGGAGGAGAAGUUACACUUGUUUCCGAACACGAUGGUCAUGGUGGUGUACAAAGGGGUAAUCAUCAUCACUACUGGAUCCCUACUCCUUCUCAGAUUCUGAUGGGUCCUACACAGUUCUCUUGUCCUCUCUGUUUCAAAACCUUCAACAGAUACAACAACAUGCAGAUGCACAUGUGGGGACAUGGCUCACAAUACAGAAAAGGACCGGAGUCACUAAGAGGGACACAACCAACAGCGAUGCUGAGGCUGCCAUGUUACUGUUGCGCACCAGGCUGCAAGAAUAACAUAAACCACCCGAGGGCAAGGCCGCUCAAGGACUUUCGUACGCUUCAGACACAUUACAAGCGGAAACACGGUGCGAGGCCCUUUGCUUGUCGUAGAUGUGGAAAAGCUUUUGCGGUCAAAGGAGACUGGAGGACGCACGAGAAGAACUGUGGAAAGCUUUGGUAUUGCUCAUGCGGCUCGGAUUUCAAGCACAAGAGGUCGCUUAAGGACCACGUUAAGGCCUUUGGUAAUGGUCAUGUCCCUUGUUUUGGCAAUGAUUACUCCGGCGAUCAUGAGGAGGAGGAGGCUGCUUCUGAUGUCGAACAUCAAGAGUGA